AAGCUAUCCAAUCAGUCCCGUGUAGGCAUCGGUCGGUUGCAGACGAGUUCGAGUGCGGGUCCCAAAUAGUCCGACGUCUAGUAUUUCGUGACAGCAGGAAGUCUGUUCGGGCCGGAAGAUGGAAAAUGUACGCGAUAUCGGUUCCAGCCCGUAUUCGGCGGCACCGCGCGGUGAUUCUCUGCGGAAGUUACGCAACGCCGAGCAGAGCGACCAGAGCAAAACGAUCGCAAAUCUGAAGUUUUUCCUUUCGGCCGUUAUCGAUAUUCUCACAUUCCUGGUGCUGCUGUUGCCCAUUCUGGCGAAGUAUGUGAUCGGGAUUUUCGUUUCUCCGAAGAAAAAAAGCAUCACCGGACAGCUGGCGCUGGUAACCGGUGGAGCGAAUGGGCUUGGGAGAGAAAUUUGUCUGCUGCUGGCCCAGAAGGGAUGUCACGUAGCCAUUGCCGAUUUGGAUAUGACCAACGGGGAGAAAACGGCAGAAGACUUGCGGCAGCUGGGUGUGAAGGCGAAGUGUUUCAAGGCGGACAUCUCUAGUUUCGAUUCUGUUCUGGGUUUGAAAAAGGAAGUGGAAAGCAGUUUGGGUCAUGUGGACAUUCUAGUCAACAAUGCGGGGGUGCUGCCUCUGAUGUCGGUUCGCGAAGGAACGCCAGAAGACGUGAAAAAAGUCUUGGAGAUCAAUCUGCUGGCCCACUUCUGGACCGUCAGAGCUUUCGUGGACGGAAUGAUUGCCCGUCGCAGGGGUCAUAUCGUAGCAGUCGCAUCAGCAGCCGCAUUUUUGCCCAUAGGGCGAGUUUGCGCUUACAUCGCAUCCAAGUAUGGCGUUCGUGGUAUGAUGGCAUCCUUCCACGAGGAGCUGUUCUUCGAAGGGCUCCAUAAUGAAGUUUUCACCACGACCGUAUAUCCGUACUUCAUGAAUACCAGACAGGAUCUCAUUAGCACUUUGGACAAAAUAAAAGUUCUCUCGAGGGUGCCCAUUUUCUCGCCCAAAAAGAUAGCCCGUGCCACCGUCAACGGAAUGCUGCGAAAUCAGCAGCAUGUUCACAUACCGAGAUUCAUGGCCCCAAUGCUGGUCCAGUACGAAAACAUUCCCUGCGAGAUACGAAGACUGGCUACGCGAAUCCUGCUGCGAACUGAUUUACCCAAACUGAUGAACUAGAACCAGCUAUCUAGCUAUCAAUUUUGUUCGCCAACGUUUGGAAUGGAAGCCACUCGGUCGUUUCGGAAUGCAAGCCGUCUCCUUCAUGAUUCAAACACGUGCAAGUAGUUUUAAAGUUUCAAACACACGAGAACAGUUCGACAUGGAUGUUUACCACAAGCGGGUUCAAGGGAAUAUGAGUGGGGCAGUUUUAAGUAAUGUUAUGUUCUGUAAAUAAAUGAUUUCAGAUAAUUUUUAUAUUA